AUGGAUGCUUUCUGCGGGACCACUUGGGAAGGAGGAGAGUCCGGUACCUACUACUGCUUCCCCGUAGCUGUACCUGAGCUGCUAAGGCCACGCCCCGCGCUGGACGGGGACAGCCGCGUCCCCAUCGCCUGUCGCGUGGGCCAUCGACGGAGCAAGAUCAAAUAUGAGGAAGUCGCGCUCCACGGCCCGGCCGACGCUGCCUCGUUUUCCAGAGUCGUGCACGACCAGGUGCGGCUGCACCCGCACGACCCCUUGAUCAUCGCCGUCAAUGGCUACCAGCCCUGGCUGGGUCAAGUGCUGCACACGUGCAUCGAAGACCACUGGUCCGAUAUUGCCGACCUCGAUCGAGCCGUGCAGUAUGCGCAUACCAUGCAGUUCCCCGAGAAAGCCUCCCAGCGCGGCCGCUGGGUGCCGUGGACCUUUAUCAUCGAUCAGAUGAACGUGCCCCACGUCUACUAUUGGAGUGUCAAUUUGGAGCCUCCGAUGAUGCACGACAAUGAUCUGCCCAACAUGGCCGACUUUCGACUGCGGACGGGAGUGUGGUUCUGUGCUAAAGGUGCAUGCAAGCUCGACCGCAACAUUUCAGUGACGAUCGUAUUCACCAAGCCAAGCCCCGUGUCAGAGCGCAUUGUCACCAAGCUUCUGUUUGAGUACCUGUGGCGGGACAACGAUUUCGACCAGCCCCGAGAAGACGAGGAAGGUAUUUGCUGGACCUUCAGUCGCCUGUACUAUCUGUGCUCCGACUGGCAGAACAUCAUCGGAGAAGUUCUCGCCCGGCUCGAUGAGGCAGAAAUCAACAGUCAUGGCCGACAUCUACCCGUGAAAGCCAGGACCCGCAGAAUGCAUCGAGAAGUGGAUCGGAUCUAUGAGAUGAAGGAAUACCUACAUUUUCACACGCGCUCCUUCAAGAAGCUGCAAAGGCUCCAAAUCGAAGUGCCCCCCGAGCAACGGAAAGAUCCCUUGUGGAAUGACAUGGAUGAUGCUGUCGAAGACCUCGACCAAUUUGAAUCAACCCUGGAUGGACUCAAGGAACGCUUCAACAAUCUGAUCGAGCUCGAAUUCAACAUCACCAAUGCUAUGCAAAGCGACAACUCUGCCUUUCUCUCCGGCGUGGCAACCCUCUUCAUCCCUUUGAGUCUGGUCGCAAGCAUAUUUGGCUUCACAACAAUCACAUGGCCCGUCAUCUGGUUUGUCUAUAUCGCAGUGCCCAUCUUUGUCGUCAGUGUCAUCUUUACCGCCGUCUUCCCCGCUCUGCGGAAAUACAUCCAGAAACUUGCAGAACCCGUCCAGCGCCCCAUGGCCCUCCAGCCCGAUCAGUUCACUAUGCUUGCUGAAGAAUAUCCGGACGUGGUGACGGUUCCGAGGGACAGACAGGGCCGUUCGAGGCACCAGACGCCACUUCGUCAACAUUCCCUUGCUCGUAAACCCUCACGGACGCAGAUACGAGCAUGGUCCCGACUGGGCGACAGUGAAGAAAAAGACUACUACUGAACGAUGACAUUGCUGUUCGAGUGCGCUGUUGGUCGACAUGGUACAGGAAGUGCAACGUCUUUGGUGGAAUAGCUUUUGAUAUGGUCAAGCCCUUUUGUGAUUUCUCUCUCUCCCUCUCUCUCUCUGGGGGUGGGCCUGUCUCCAUGAUCAUAAUCAUCAGUAGUGCAGAUACCGUUCCAGCCUCACACGUGACCGUACACGUCUUUUUGCUUGUGCAACUCCCAUGGUCCAUUCAUCUCGUGCUGUAUCGUCCACUCCAAAGAGACACUUCAGUGCCAUCUGGUCUCGAUUCGAGCUGGCGAGAAAGAGAGUGUAUGUGUGUGUGUUUUCUUUGCUAUUGUACCCCCCUAGUCUUGCCAGUCCCAUACCGUCCGUAAAAAUUGUGUCAUAUCCACCCGUUUCUGCUUCAUCUCCACCAUCCACGGAUGUUUGGUGAUGUGCCACGGCGUCGCUCUACGGUUCGCAUCUUUUUCGAGACAACAUUCAAUAAAGUAUUUGAAGUUGUCGCUCCAUCUAAGUUUAUUCUCCGGCUCAUCCUUUAGUUUGGGUAUAGGUUGUCGCACAAUAUAUGUCAGCAAAUCGAUGAGUCCAGCUCGAGGAUUCAUUUCCGUGCCAUCCGCAGGAAAGGGAAAGCGAUGUUGUGCUACCUCCAGCAGCGUGACACCCAGGCUCCACACGUCACUCGUGAUGGUAUAGCUUUGCCCCGUGAUGCGUUCCGGCGCCAUAUAGUAGCUCGUUCCUAUAAACGUGUUGGCAUCGCCCUUGGUGCCAAAUUCGCCGCUGACGCCAAAGUCGCAUAGCUUGACUUGGCCUUGCCGGGUCAGCAGAAUGUUGGACGGCUUGAUGUCGCGAUGAAUGAUACGGUGCCCAUGCAGAUAUGUCAAUCCAUUAAGCACGCCCUCGGCCACCUUCCCGAGCACCUUUUCGCCCGUCCUGCCGCCGAGCUUCUUGACUUCUCGGUAUAUGCUGUCCAGAGAGCCACCUUCGCAAAACUCCAUACUGAUACCUAUUGUGCCGCUUGUGUCGUCCAUGAAGGCGCCGUAGUAUUGGCAAAUGUGUUCAGAGGCACAAGACUUGUUGAAUGACAAUUCUCGCACAAUCUGCUUCUUGACGUCCGGAUUCGGAUCUGUUGUGAUGAUCUUCAGGGCAAAGACAGUCUUGCCGCCUUUGAGGAUGCACCUCGUCACUGCACCGCCCGCGCCUUCACCUAGACUCCCCAGCUCCACAAGCCUGCCCUCCUUCUUGGCCGCCUUCCAGCCGGAGUCGUCAAGAUCUUCCACAUCCAAGGGGCGUCCCUUUUCCAAGCUGAGCUUCUCUAGGUCUGGCAAGGCCUGCGUGCUGCCUUCUCGUUCCAUGCCCACGCCAGCUGAGUGGGCGGAACUACUGCUGUACAACGAGCCCGAGGCCGACUGUGGGUCACCAUCACUGCGCAGCAUUUCCACGAAAUUCAAAGCUGAGUAGGAGGAGGUGGUCGAGACGGAGCCAUUCUGCGUCGUGUUGGCACCGAAGCUGUUGGUCCUACUGUGAGUCGACUCGUCGCUGCUGCCGCCACCACCGCCAGUGGCAGACAGUCCGGAAGCGAUCUGGAGCGGGGGGAGUCUACGUUUGCUCUGGGCGGGGUGCUCUUGCGGGGUGUGCGCAGUACCCAUGGGGGUGGCCAACGACAGCUUGGGAGGGUGGGCUCGAGGGGGAAUGUGCAGUCCAAGCGAUGGCAGAGCCGAAUGCUCCGAGGAUGAGGCCGUGGACAUCAUGAGGGGCGGCGGCGGUGCAGCAGCGCUGUUGACGGGUCGCUGAUUCGGCGAGGCGGGAAUGGCCAGGCCCAGUCGAGGCGGUCUGGGGGUGGUGGUGGUGGCAUUAUUGUUCCCUAUCCCGCUCCCAUUCCCACGGCCCGCCCCAGGAAUCGGCGGGCGCACCAGCGGUGCCGGCGAGGCCAUGUGGGAGGGGGAGUGGUGUGGUGUCCCUCGUCUUGCCGUCUGUCGACUGGACUCGUCUCGUCGUAGGAUGAUGUCGUGCUGGUGUCGUGACGUGUGGUGUGGUGUCGCGUCUCGUGUCGUGUCUCGUGGGCAAAGCGUGCUACGAGGUGUGGGAAGCGUAAAUGUGCAAUGUGCGAUGGGUGAUGAGUGCUCUGUCUGUGUGGUGGGUGGUCUUCAGGCGGCACGCGAACUGCGGUGCUGGCUGGUAAGUGCUGCACUCGGCUGUGCUGACCUGCUCUGCUGAGGCGGAUGGGGGAAGCGCCAAGCGCGUCUGUCGAGAACAAGCAACACCGCCCACGACAAUAACGAUGGCGACGACGGCGGCGGUGGUGGUGGUGGCUACAAUGAAUGUCAC